AUGAUCUCCGCGACGCCCGCAGACGCCAACAUGAGCGCGCCAUCUACCGGAGCAGACGCGCAGCACGCGUCGGCGUUCAGCAUCGUCAUGGGCGUCGCUCUCGCGCUCGUCAUCUUCUUCGCGAUCGCCGGCAACCUGCUCGUCUGCGUCGCCGUCUACAGCGACCGCAACCUGCGCAAGAUCGCUAACCUCUUCAUCGUGUCGCUGGCGCUCGCCGACCUGCUCGUCGCCACACUUGUCAUGCCGUUCGCUCUCGCCAACGACCUGCUGGGCUACUGGGCCUUCGACGUCGGCUUCUGUAACGUGUGGGUGUCGUUCGACAUCAUGUGCUCGACGGCGAGCAUUCUGAACCUGAGCGCCAUCAGCGCCGACCGCUACGUGCACAUCCGAGACCCGCUGCGUUACCAUGCCAACAUGAGGGCGCGCACGGCGCUGUGUGCGAUCUUCUGCGUCUGGCUCUGCUCCUUCGUUAUCUCGUUCGUGCCGAUCAACCUCGGCUGGCACGAGAUUCCCGUGAGCAACAACAUCAGCGGUGUGCGGGAACAGGAGAAGGUCGUCGCGCAGGAGGAGGACGUGGACAGCUCGCCGCCGAUGUGUGCCUUGGAGAUCAAUCCUACGUACGCGAUUCUGUCGUCUGCGAUCAGCUUCUACGCGCCGUGCGUCGUCAUGGUAUUUAUCUACAUGCGUCUGUACGCGUACGCGCGUCGGCACGUGAGAAGCAUCAAGGCGCUGUCGGUGCCGCCGUCGACGAACGGCGGUGCGGCGAGCGUGCACUCGCGCCAGUGGCAGGACCACAAGGCGGCGAUAACGCUCGGCGUUAUCAUGGGCGUCUUCUUGCUCUGCUGGACGCCCUUCUUCUGCGUGAAUAUCGUCGCGGCGUGCUGCGCCGAGUGCGUGCCCAAGGUCGUCUUCGUCGUGCUCACGUGGCUCGGCUACUUCAACAGCACGAUGAAUCCGAUCAUCUAUUCGAUCUUCAACACGGACUUCAGGGAGGCAUUCAAGCGGAUACUCGCCAUAGAUAGAUGUAGACUGCUGCCAGGCUGGCAUCCGCCGAAGAACAGCUACACGACCGACUGCAAUGUCGUCCAUCUACACGCUGGAGAGUCGCCGAGAAAAAAAUGUCGCCACAAGACGGAAAUCGUCGUCAAAGACGUCGCCGAUCAGCUCGUGACGGCGCUGUGAUCGCUCGGUCGCUGACACGACGGUCGUCGGUUACGAAGGCCGGCCGGAUCCGACUCCUGCAUGGUCAGAGUCUGACCGGUUUUGUCUCGUUGGCUGCGCAGACGGACGGACGUCUGCUCCGCUCUUCGACGCGUGAGAAGAUACUGGUCGGAUCCGACCGGAUCCAACACCGAUCGAUCA